UUUUUGACUUUUUGAAGUGAUUAUUUUUCCUAUUUUCUGUUGUUUUGUAUUUAGGAGAAAUAGCAUUUAAUUUUUUAAAUAAAUUAUUCAUUUAUUCACACUUUACAAAUGUCUUUAAAAACCAUUCUAUCCACUAAAGUUAUUUCUAGAAACCUAGUUUCUUCUCCAAUUUUUAGAACAAUGAGUUCCAAAAUAAUACCCACAUCAAGUACUGAAAAUAAUUUCAAAUCUCUAUCGAUUGCUGUUCCUAAACCAUUUGUGUAUCAUGUCCAAUUAAAUCGCCCGGACAAGUAUAAUGCUAUCAAUAAGCAGAUGUGGGUGGACAUCAAGGAUUGCUUUGAAUCAUUGAGUAUCAAUCCCGAUUGUCGUGCUAUAGUCAUUUCGGCCGAGGGUAAACACUUCACUGCGGGUAUUGAUUUAAAUGACAUGAUGAAAUUAGCUCAAGAACUUUCUGAAAUUGACGAAGUCUCACGCAAAGGAUGUGCCUUGGAGAAGCUUAUCAAAUUAUAUCAGGAUUCCAUAUCUUCUCUGGAAGUCUGCAAUAAACCUGUGAUUAGUGCUGUACAUUCGGCCUGCAUUGGUGCUGGAGUUGAUCUCAUUACAGCCUCCGACAUUCGUUAUUGCACAAAAGACGCAUUAUUUCAGGUGAAAGAAGUCGAAAUCGGAAUGGCUGCUGAUGUGGGUACAUUACAGCGUUUCCCAAAAGUCAUCAACAGUCAGAGUCUAGCCAGAGAACUUUGUCUAACUGGUAGAAAGUUUCUUUCAGAUGAAGCUAAAAGCUGUGGUCUAGUAAGCCAAGUUUUUGAUAAUAAAGAUGCAAUGAUUACAUCUGCUCUAGCAUUAGCUGAAGAUUUAGCCAGCAAGAGUCCUAUUGCUGUUCAGGCAACAAAAAAGAACAUCAUUUACUCUUUCGAUCGUCCUAACCAAGAAGGCUUGGAUCAGAUUCGUGAAAUGAACAAGCUUUACUUGCAAAGUGAAGACUUUGUCAAUGCAACAAUGGCUCAGCUAACUAAAGGAGAAAAACCAAUAUUUUCUAAGUUAUAAAUUAAUCUCCAUAAUUGUUAUGAACAAAUUUACUAAAUUGGGCUAAGAACAAUAAAGUGGCAUUUUCUAUUUUUUA